GUCGGUUGGAUUUGUGUCUCUGCGCUAAAGAAACAUUCCCGGCUUUACAUUUAACUCCGGAAUAUAUUUUUUUUAAAGAUAACUCCAUUGCCUUGGGACUUUGGGGGAAAUCAACGUUUGGGAUGGCGUGCGCCGGCUUUACCUGUUCCAAGAACUCCCUCUGCGCGCUGAAUAUCCUCUAUGUUAUGGUGAGCCUGCUCCUGAUUGGCUUUGCCGCCUGGGGGAAGUGGUUUGGUCUGGUGUCUAGCUUCCAGGUUGUGGGCGGAGUCAUCGGAGUGGGCGUGUUCCUGUUUCUGGUGGCGGUGGUGGGGCUCAUCGGUGCCAUGAAGCACCACCAGGUCCUGCUGUUCUUCUACAUGAUCAUCCUCUCCAUGGUGUUUGUGGUGCAGUUCUCAGUUUCCUGUGCCUGUCUGGCCAUCAAUAACGACCAACAGCGCCACCUUCUGGAGGUUGGGUGGAAUAACUCCCAGACCACCCAGGGAGACGUGGAGAAGAACUUGAACUGCUGCGGCUUUAGCUCUGUGGAUUACAACGGGACCUGUCCAGCAACCUGUUUCUCGGGACUGUCAUGCCACACGUGUGCAGACCUGAUCCAGCAGCAUGCUGGGGAGGUUCUACGCAUUGUGGGAGGGAUCGGACUCUUCUUCAGCUUCUCUGAGAUUCUGGGGGUGUGGCUAACAUACAGAUACAGGAACCAGAAGGACCCUCGAGCCAAUCCGAGUGCCUUUCUGUAACUCCCGCCCCCCUGCCCCACCCCCACGCUCGUGGACUCUGUCAUUUCCUCGUUCAUGAACAGUCUCCUCCCCUGAGGUGGGCGUGUCCCGCCCCCGUUUGAGUGACGCGUUCUCUGUUUGACUCGCUGUCCUGCUGUCUCUCAGGAAGAGAGCCUUAAUCUCCAUGGCAACAACUCUCAUAAUAGAGGGUGAUUGAACCUUGCUCAGACUGUGGGGUGGGAACUGGGGAGACGGGAAGAGGCGGGGCUUCAUCAACCUCACAAAGGGGCGGAGCCAGCAUGAGCUGUCAAUCACUGGUUUAAACAUGUUAUCCAACAACUGGUGUGGUUCUCCGCUGCAAAGUGUUUGAGUUUGGCCUGGUUCAGGCCACUGACGCAAAGCAUUGCAUUAGAGACAUUUAAUGUUGACUUGCAUACUGUAGUUUUUUAUAUUUUUAUAUAAAAAGCUACGCAUU